AACGCCAUUUUCACGCACCGCGCAGUCAGUCAGUCAUCCAGCCAGUGGACCAGCGAGCUGUCAUCUUCACCGGCGACUCGUCAACUCCUCAUUUCGCCCCAUGAAGCCGCCAUCAAGUUAGUUUCAGGGACUUGUUCCUGCCAUGGAACCGACGGAGAACAGGCUUUUCCUGUAUGGCUCCGACUAAAGUCAGUGUUUCUGACAGUUAGCUAUGUAGCUAGCUGGUCAUCAUUAACGGCGGUUGAUGCGGUGAAGCCCAGCGUCAGUCGGCAGAACAUAUCCCAGCCGGACACAGUUUGGAUAUUGUGUUUUAUAACUUAUAUAUUUUCACUCUUAUCAGCAAGAGUUGUGGGUCAAAGGAGCAACGCCUUCAUUUACAAAAAGACGUGAUUUAGACGGUGAAAAGGCGAGAAAAACGGACGUUACAGUGAAGCUACAUUGGCAACGGAUGUCCUAGAGAACGGAUGCGUGAGGACAUGUCCACCAUGGUGUGCGUGAAGGAUGAGGAGGAUCCUGGGGAGAAGCUGUCCCAGGAUGAGAUCAUCUCCCGGACCAAGCAGGUGAUCCAGGGGCUGGAGGCCCUGAAGCAGGAGCACCACUCCAUCCUGGAGGGUCUGCUGGGCACGCUGCGCUGCCUGAAGCAGGACGAGGAGGGCGUCCUGGUGGAGGAGAAGUCCCACAUGAUACGCAAGUCCCUGGAGAUGCUGGAGCUCGGGCUGAGCGAGGCACAGGUGAUGAUGGCACUCUCGAGCCACCUGAGCUCGGUGGAGUCAGAGAAGCAGAAGCUUCGGGCUCAGGUACGCCGGCUCUGCCAGGAGAACCAGUGGCUGAGGGACGAGCUGGCCGGGACACAGCAGAAGCUGCAGAAGAGCGAGCAGAGCGUGGCCCAGCUGGAGGAGGAGAAGAAGCACCUGGAGUUCAUGAACCAGCUGAAGAAGUACGACGAGGACUUGUCCCCAUCUGAGGAGAAGGACUCUGAUUCCAGUAAAGAGACUCUGGACGAUCUCUUCCCAGAUGAUCAGGACGACCAAGCCCCAGGCAUCCAGCCGAGUCACGGCAGCGCUGCAGCAGCGGCUGCCCAGCAGGGAGGCUAUGAGAUCCCGGCUCGUCUGAGGACCCUCCACAACCUGGUGAUCCAGUAUGCCUCCCAGGGCAGGUACGAGGUGGCUGUGCCCCUCUGCAAACAGGCCCUGGAAGACCUGGAGAAGACCUCUGGACACGACCACCCAGAUGUGGCCACCAUGCUCAACAUCCUCGCCCUUGUUUACAGGGAUCAGAACAAAUACAAGGAGGCAGCCAACCUGCUGAAUGAUGCUCUGGCCAUCAGGGAGAAGACUCUGGGCAGGGACCAUCCAGCUGUCGCCGCCACCCUCAAUAACCUGGCCGUCCUCUAUGGGAAGAGAGGAAAGUACAAGGAAGCAGAGCCUCUGUGCAAGAGAGCGCUGGAGAUCAGAGAAAAGGUGCUGGGGAAGGACCACCCAGAUGUGGCCAAACAGCUGAACAACCUGGCCCUGCUGUGUCAGAACCAGGGCAAGUACGAGGAGGUGGAGUACUACUACAUGAGAGCGCUGGAGAUCUACCAGACCAAACUGGGCCCCGACGACCCCAACGUGGCCAAGACCAAGAACAACCUGGCGUCCUGUUACCUGAAGCAGGGCAAGUUCAAGCAGGCUGAAACUCUGUAUAAAGAAAUUCUCACCCGCGCUCACGAGAGGGAGUUCGGCUCUGUGGAUGAUGAGAACAAACCAAUAUGGAUGCAUGCUGAGGAGAGAGAGGAACAAAGCAAGGGGAAACAGAAGGAUGGCUCACCCUUUGGAGAAUACGGAGGCUGGUACAAAGCCUGCAAAGUUGACAGCCCCACAGUGACCACCACCCUGAAGAACCUGGGCGCCCUCUACAGGCGGCAGGGCAAGUUCGAGGCGGCUGAGACUCUGGAGGAAGCUGCCAUGCGUUCCAGAAAGCAGGGUCUGGACAAUGUGCACAAGCAGCGCGUGGCGGAGGUCCUGAGCGAGCCGGAGGCCCGCGAGAAGCAGCGAAGCCGCGAGAGCUUGACCUCUGACACGGUGAAGUACGAGAGCGGGCCGGACGGUGGCGAGGAAGUGAGUAUGAGCGUGGAGUGGAACGGGGACGGCUCCGGCUCUCUGAAGAGGAGCGGCUCCUUCAGUAAACUGCGAGCGUCGAUCCGUCGCAGCAGCGAGAAGCUGGUCCGCAAGCUGAAAGGCGGCGGCUCGUCCCGAGACAGCGAGCCCAAAAACCCCGGCAUGAAGCGAGCCAGCUCUCUGGGGGUUCUUAACGUGACGGACAAGGCUGCGAGUGACCACUACCAAGAACGAAAUAAUCGUCUGAGGAAAAGUCGCGACCUGAGCGCCAGCCACACCAACCUGGCGCGUUGACGGUUUUCGACCCUGGAAGAGGUGAUGGACUGAGCCUGAGAGGUCACUUCCUGUCCAUGAACCUCCUCACUGUAAACAGCCUCCCACAUUCAACUUCACACCACCAAGUGCUCACUGUACAGGGUUCAAUGUUUCAUUGCACUUUCUGAAGGUUUGUGGUGUUUUACGUUUUUUUAAAUCAACACACAUCGAGGAACAAGAGGAAGACGAACACACACUGACCUGCUGUGUGUCUGAGUGUGUGUAUCCUUAUCUGUAUGUGCGUGUACUGUAUGUACUAUAUGUAAGUGUGUGGCUGGUGUGAGUGGUUGCCUUUCUUAAUAUUUAAUGCUCUCGCUUGAAUGAAGGCAGACGCAGAGUGGAGCUUUAGUUUUACAAACAUUUCUGUAACUAAAACUGCUGCAGUUAAACUGUGGAGUGUGAAGCCAAAGAACUGCAGAGCUCAAGUUCACAAACACAAAGACUAAACCGACAUAAAAAACCUGCUGCAAACCACACGUUAAAGAGUCCAAACAUCUCUGAAUGAAUCAAUGAGCGAAAUAAAUUAAUCUAGAUCAUGUGUUACUGAUACUUUUACCUACCUACAGGUACGGGAAGGUAAACUUGAAUGUCUCUGAGGGGCAAUUUGAGCUAAAGACAGUAGUCAUUUGUUUUUUCAACUAGCUAUCAUGCUAGCUAUGUUAGCUAACACUGUCAUGAAGCCUUUGAUCAUAACAGAAUAUAGGAACUUUCACCAUUACUCGUUACAGAAAGACCACCGAGAAAACAUGUUCUUUGUUUAGAUUAUUAACAGGACAAUGGAUAAUAAGUGUCUGUUUCUGCUCCCAGCACGAGCUAGCUUAGCUAGUGGGCUAACAUUAGCGAGCCUUCAUUUUCCCAGGGUCGGGCCUGCCGGCAGACAGAAUUGCAUCACGAAAACAAGGUUUAUUGGGAACUAAUCUAAACACAAAUAAUAACACAACAAAAAAGUGUUUUUUGUGGCGUCCUUUCUAAAAUGAACAGUGGUUGAAAUUACCACAUUCUGUUAGGAUCAAGGAGUUGAUGACAAGCAAACAACGUUAGCUAGCACAUAUCUGUCGCCAGUCUGACCUGACGUUGUUAUUUUUUAUUAUAUUACUGACAUUUUGAACAUAAUACAGCAGCACAGACCAAACUGAGGCUAUAGUAAGCCUACAUUAAAAUUAAAGAAGUAACUUGAGUAUAUUUGACAGCAGAACAGAGUGCUGCAGGACAUUUUGCUAAAGUUAGCACCACCCUGGUUCCUUCGUCAAAAAGCCGAUGGGAUAUUUCCACUGGAUUUUGGAUUAUUGUAGAAAAUAAGCUCUGUUGUUUAAACAUUUAUUACGCAUUGCACCUGAGUACAAUACAAAACACAGACACACAGUAUCCAGUACAACACUGUCAGAGGUCAAUCAUGGACAUUAAGGGUCAGUGCUGGUUAAGAUAAGCGAUAGACGGGACUAAGGACGAUCUGUAACGCUUUGUGCUGCAUUUAGGGAGGCAAAACCUCCGCCCUGAUGGAAGCAUCUGAAACCCAACACGGAGGGGAUGUUGACCGAGUUUUAGAGGUGACCCUCUCUUCAUACAGAUGUAGGUUACUAAAAGUAACACCUGAGAUCUUACAGCACAGCUUAACAACUUCUUCCAACUUGUUGUUCUUGUUUAAAGGCUCAGAUUACCAAACCAACAGACAAUGAACGAGCACGAUAAAAGCAGAAUAGAACAUUUUCAUGAUCGUCCUAUCUACAUCGAAACUCCUCAGCUUCCUUAAGAGGAAUAGACGUUGGUUUGCCUUCUUAGGGCCUUUUCAUAGUCGACACAAAGGGACGCAUCAAGACGCAUUGGCCGACCUGAUGCGUGCUUGCGUCUCAAAAUGUGUUGUCCAUUUUUUUGAUACACGACACAGUGAUGUGUGUAAUACCAUGCGUUGCCAGCAGGGGUGAUAAUGCAAGUGGCGUACUUGAAAUUGACCACUUUUUGUUAUUCACAGAAGAAGCAGGUAUGAAGUAUGGCGGGCGAGGAGGAAAAACUUUGCAAACUCAGACGGGCAUACCCCAUUUAUAUGACAGUUCUAGUGCCCUGUACUCUAAUAAAAUAGCAGUACUAGCUAGCUACAGCAGUAGCUAGCCGGAAUGUACCGGUGACGCUGCUACCCCCUAUUGCAUGAGCGAUGUAUUGCAUUUCAAGUGUCGUCCGCAUCGCUUGCGUUCAGUGUGUUGACUAUGAAAGGAAGUGCUUUGCUUGUGACGCUUGCUCGCGUUGCGUGCGUCGACUAUGAAACGGCCCUUACAGAUGUCGUCAGUGUUCACGUCAAAAUUAAAUUUGUCAUCUAAGACAGUGCCCAGACACUUGUACUGCUGACACCAGCUUUCCCGUGAUCACACAAGGAGCAGGAAUACCAAUUGACAAAUUCAUCCAGUACUGGACCAUGAUCAUAUUCUGAUCCAUGAAGAAGACUCACAAUAACAGAGUCUUCUGCGUACUUUAGGACUAAUCUUGAUGCAUGAUUACUCUGAUAUUCAUUCGUGUACAAACAAAAAAGGAUAAGAAAGGACACAUCCCUGAGGGAAUCCAGUGGAAGAAAAACGAGUCCUGGACAUUAUCCUGUUAACCCAGACCCUCUGAGACCUGUUCACCACUUUGGCUUCAUGCUCUGAGGUUUAACUGGAGCAACAGGAGAAACUUCUGCUUCUCAGAAAAUGUUUUUAACAACUAAAACUGCAGCAACUCUGCAGAGAAACCGUCCAGCAAUGACGUCUUUAUGUAGGCCGACCCGGACGUUAGCUUAGCUCAUGCAUUCACUCUGCAGACUCCCAGUGGAGGCUCUGAACUGGGUUUUUGGAUUAAUUGAGAAAAUAAGAUCUGUGGCAAAAUAAUAUUUAUGACGUUCACACAAGAAAAUCCUCACAAAUAUUUUAACCACAGUGUAAGACCUUAUUUUCUGCAUUAAUUAACCCUUUAAGUUAAAACCAUUGGAAACGUGUGGAGUGAACCCUCAUCUCUUUAAGACUUGUUUCCUAAAAUGCUCCAUCCUGUGCUGAUUGCAGAUUUUUUGCUUGUGAUGAAGUUUUAUGUUUACAUUUGGAUUUUUUUUUGUAAAUGAUGUUUUAUUUGUUUCUGUCCUCUUGCUGCUCCGAAGAGUUCCUUUUUAUAUCUUCCUGUAAAAAGCCUGGAGAAUAGCCGCACUGUCUUCCGAAAUGUUGAGGUUGAGGCAGGACGACAACAUUUUAUUGGCACAUGAAGGCCGACCGACGCACUCUCAGGAUCGAGGCUAUAGUUUCACACACUGACUGCAAAGUUAAAGCCACUCCACACUUCUAUUAGCGGAGAGACGUUACAGCAUUUAUUUUUACUUCCAGAUAUAUUAGUGGUUAUUCAAGACAACACUUUACCACGUGAGUAAAGUCGAGCCAAUCCAACCAAAAACUGCAAAUACUGAAUUAUUUAAGAAACACUUAUUAUGCAAGAGUUAUUCCAGAGAUUUAAGGUGCAAAUGUUAAGAUAUAUAUUUGCUAUUACCAAAAUAAGAGGGAGUAUUCCUCCUACAGAUAGUUCUAUAACUAGUAAAAUAUAGAUUUAUGUCAACAGCGUUUUACUUUGAUAAAAACUAAUAUGAAUAACUGGAAUCAAUUGAUGGAUGGAAACGUGUGUCCACACUCUGCUGGAUCAAAACCCAGAUAACAAAGUUGAUUCUACAUCACACAAAUCAAACUUCAAACAUGAAUUAACACUUCAAACUUUCAUAUAAAAUAAAGAAAAGAUGCAAAUCCUCAUGACAGAAAAGCUGAAAGUGGUUUAAGUUUAAAAAUAUGUAAAUAUCUGACCAGACAGUCGAUGCUAGCUUCUGGUAUCUGACAGUUUUCUAUCUUUACCAAACAAUGUGUCAAGGUUCAAUGCCCACAACCCAAUUGCAAGGAUAAAUAUUGGCAGCAUAUGUUUCUGCAAACAGGAUACAUUACACACACAAUGCUGUCGUUGAAGUUUGGUUUAAAAAAAACACUUCAUUAUGUUUACGAAAAGAUCAUGUUUUGGCUUAAAAUCAGCAGUUUUAGGGGCACGAUCUCGGCGGGAAAUGCAGCAAUAUCUUUGGAAAAUAAAAGCUUUUUGUGGUCACUAUCCUGGCUCGAUAUGCAGAGAUGUCUCUUUAAAAAAAGAGCUGCUUUUGGUGGCACAAUCCUCGAUGAAAUCACAACGACCGGUCGAUAAAGACAACCUUGUUUGGUGGCCAAAAAAUAAAAAUAGCAGCUGGAAACGCAGCGAUGUCUCAGUAAGAAACAACCGCUUUUGGUGGCGCUAUCUUCCCUGACGGGUUAAUAGAAGCAACCACAUUUGGCAGGCGUCUCGACUUUGUGUCGCGCCAUCGACCAUCCAUUCCACCUCCUGAUGACGAAGCUGGCUUAUAUCUAUAUGUCACUUAAGAAAACACUGAUAUAUGUACAAGUAUGAUGUGUCCUUGGUUUGCAGAAACGUAUAUACCAACAUGUUCCUCUGGUGACUGAGCCCAAUUGGGUUUAAAAUCUCAUCCACUUGAAAAGGAGUCUCCAAGUGUUCCAAAAGCAUAAACUGCAUUUAAGUCUAAAUUCUUUAGUAAACCCAGUUUAAACAACCAGCAGUGACGCAUUUGCACUGGAAAUAUUGGACUUAUCAUACUGACUUCACUGCAUUAUGAACUGUUUGCUUUUAUGUUAUUGGAGAAGUACAUGAACCUUUAGUUUUUUUGGCAGGGGUGUGCAAUAAGCUUUUGUUUGAUGUUACCCUCCUGUGUUUGAAAAACUCUUCUGAUUUGUAAUGAAAAUUACAAAUAAUGAAAAUUCAUCAGCAUCUGAAUUUAAAUGAAGGCUUUGAUUCCAAAAAUUACAAAUUUAAAUCCCCCUUUUCUUCUUUUUAGAUGAAAUCCUGAAAUGUAAAUAUAGAAGCUGACUAGAUUUGACAACUUGAAUAAAUAUUCAUGGUCGUUUUUUUUUUUUGUCUUCCGUGCCGGCAAUAAUUUCGUCACAGUGAUUUUUAAAUGUUACAUAUCUCAUGUUUGGAAUUGCGUCCUUGUUUACUUUCUUUAUACUGAUGAUUAUGUUGACGCUGUUUGACGUUACAGAGUCGAGUGUGUUGAAGCUUCUUGUCGACUGUUGAUCAGUCUUUUGUUGUCUUAGUGUUCGAGGCUCCGCAAAGUAACGAGGCACAUAACUUAACCAUGUCUGAUGGUUUCGAUGGACUGGGCAACAUUUUGGGCAACAUUAGCAACACCUCCAGCAACUGGCAACGAAGUGACAGUGUUGUUCAGGAGUUACAUUAACGUGGCAUUUAAUGUUUUAAAGCUCUGAAUGUAGUCUACACAAAAAUAAAUGAAAAAAUAUGGAAGCACAGAAAGGCCAAAAUUAUGAUUGAAUUUAAUCUUCUGAAUCUGAAUUUAUCUGGUUUAAAGUUUCCUCUAAAACUUGUGAGAAGGUCAUUUUAAGUUUCAACAUUUCACAAACUGAAACUGAACAACAUAACCUGAUGUUGAACUUUGCCUGGUUGUUCAAGUUUUAAUUUAUCAUCUUGAUCUUUUUUGGCUGGUUUUAAAUCAGAAAGUGAUGAGUUGAAAUUAAGCAACUUGAAUAUAGUUUCUGAUUAAUAUUUGGACAUAAUUUUAUAUAUAUGAAUUUGUGAGUUGAGUCAUAUUUUUAAGUUGCACCACUUGAAAUUACCUUCCUGAAAAUGUUAAUGUGGAAAAUUAAAACCACAUAUGUUAAUAUACAUGAUUAUAAAUAUAUAGCCUACAAAAUGUGUUUUACAGAAUAAAAUAUAUUUAAACGCUUUAAAUUGAGUUGUAUUUACAUUUACACAAUAAAUAUUAGUGUUGACUAAACGUCAAAACUACUGCGUUGCUUAAAAUAUUUAAAUCCUUUUGGACUUUUUUUGCUUCCAUACUUAUGUGAUGAGAUUUACAAUUUGGGGCAAAAAUUUUAUAUAUACUACAUUUUAGUAACGAUUCAAAAACAUUUUACACUUAAUUUCCUCUUAGCUUGUAGUUGUUUCGAUUAAUCAAAAAUGUCUUUUUUCUUGUCUUUGUGAGUCACAGUUACAGAAACAAUGUUGCCCAGUGUUGGGUCAAAGUUGUUCAAACUGUUGCCCCGUUGCAGAGAACUUCACAUCUGUCCUGAAACUAUGACUUCUGAUCAGUUUUCAAUACACAACAUUUAUCUCUGAGUGGUGAUUAUCAUGACGUGAAUGUAAAUUUAUGGAUUUAUGGAAGCGCAGGCAACAAUGAAAAGUUGUUUUUUUUUUAAUGAGUGUUUGAUGUUAAAGCAGUGAAGGUAAAAGUCUCACAGUCCGUGCUUUUGUUGCAGGCUUUUAUUUCCUCGUGUUAAUUUUACUUGUGCGUUUCUCCUCCCUGUCUGUGGACCGUGUUGUUGUGUGGUGUCUGAUGUGAAGGGAUAGAUAAUGUAAAGGCUCAGGUUGGGACAGAAAUGGUUUUAUAUUUCUUUAUAUUAAAAGGUAAAAAAAGGUGACAUAUGACCUCUAACACCAUCAGAGCUCAGUGGAAACUGCAGCAAUAUUAAUUACACUUUGCACUGAGAACAAGGUUGUUGAUGGAUAAAACAAAGUUUGGCGCAGAAAGAUUUUGAAAGUCAGACAACAUGAGCAGGUUGUCAAGUCAUAACUGUUAAUUAUUUUCAAUCUACUGAUUAUUUUCUUGAAUUAAUCAAGACCACAUCCACACCCAUACUGUCACACUGGCAUUUAACCUGCCUGGUUACCAUGGCAAUGUGCUGGCUUGCAACCCCUUUCUUCAUGUGUCGCUCCACACAGCGACCUCCGGCCUCCUGAAUCUAAAUUUUUACGGGCACAAUAAUUAAAAACCAGAUUGAAUGUCGAGUUUUCCUCCAUUGUUUGUUUUGUUUUGUGUGUGUGUAAGAUGAAUGAUGCUUCCUGUGAGGCGGCAUCGCAGUCCUCCAUGUUUGAUAUGACACAGAAACGUCCCCUCUGUAUGUACAGAAUCUGCUCCUGGAUGAAACUGGCAUCAUGCUAUAACGUGUCCUCGCAGACAUGUUGUUGUGUUGACAGCACAUUCCUCUUAUUGUGGUGUUGGUAGAGAGUAAUAAUAAUAUAACAUACAGAACUAUGAAUUGUUUUUUACUCUCUAAUCACACUGUGAUUGUGGGGACGUGUGUCUGCAACUGAUGCUCUAUAUGCACCCUCUGUAUUUGAAUAAAACUGUCAAACUCA